CGGAAGUGGUUUUAUUGUUUCGUUCUGUUUCUAAGCCUUUUUAUUUUCGUUUUUUUUUCAUAUGUUGUUCUUCAAGUAUGUUUUUAAUGGUAAGAUAACCCUGUUGUUCUUCAAGUAUGCUUUUAUUAGUCGGUAUGAUAACCCUGUAUCAGCUGUUGGUCUUUUGUCUUUUUUAAACGCGAACGACCUUAACAUUCCGCAGACUGACGGUCUAGAACCUCUUGCCAAACGUGACAACCUUGGCCUUGACAGGGUUAUGCCCCAGACGGGAAGAGCCGCUUCAUCAGAAUGCAGCUGCCGGCCCUCCUGUGCUGCACCCUGGCGACCGCCACCGCAACCAUUGUACUUACGCGCGCUGUGGUUCCAGACCGCGUGAUCCGCCUCCGGAGCCUCGACUGCGCGUCUGACCUCGGCGAAAGGGGCGUGUGCAUGUUCGCGUGGCACUGCAGUACCUCUGGUGGCACUCACCUGGCGACGUGCAUUGACGGAUUUUUCUUUGGUUCCUGUUGCCGUCUGCCGUCCGAAAACGCGAUAGAGGAACCUGGCACCAACAAGACACAGCCAAGCGUGACCUCAGACCCUCUCGUGACCCCUGGUGCCAGUGCCGCGUCGACGACUCCAACGACUCCUUAUCCGAAGACCAAACCGCUGUUGAAGGAAUCCCAUUCAACGUUGCCUGCUGCAAGUCCCAACAUCCAAAAGGUUUCUGCAACGACGUUCCCGACCCCAGAGGCUUCCGCGACGACCCUUCAAGAAUCAGCCAAGACGACCCUAUCCAUCAGAGAGUCCACGACGAUACGGCCGACCCAGGAACUUGCCACAACGACCCUCGCUACCCAAGAGUCCAUCGAGACGACGACGACAGAAUGCGCAACGACCAGCCCAACGCAGGGAGUUUCCCUGACGACCCUCCCGAGUCAGGAGUCCUUCACGACGUCUCUCACGACCCAGGAGUCCUUCACGACGUCUCUCACGACCCAGGAGUCCUUCACGACGUCUCUCACGACCCAGGAGUCCUUCACGACGGCCGCCCCAACUGAGCUUCCGGCAACUGACUCGUCUUAUGAGGCGUCCACCGAUGGCGGGGCUUCUGUCGACCAGGAACCCACAGAGGAGAAUCUUCAAGUGAUGGGCGAGGGUCAGCAGCAGCCCACAGAAGGGACUCAGUCAGAAACCGCAGAAAAGGAUCAGCAGACCAACAGACAAGACAGAAGCCACAGAACAGGGUCAGCAGGAGACCACAGACAAGCCAGAAUCCACAGAAGAGGGUCAGCAGGAGACCACAGAAGAGACUCAACAAGAAACCCCAGAACAGGGUCAGCAGGAGACAGCAGGAGAAAUCGAAAAAGAAGUCACAGGGGAAACUCAACAAGAACAGGAAGCUGCUGAGAUGGUCGAACAAGAACUCCUAAAAAAUCUCAGCAACGCGCAUCACG